CAUGUUUAUUUACACUUUAACUGAUUCAUGUGACCUGUCAACAACCGAUUGAAAAUGGACGACAACGUUUAUUUUUGUUGUGAAUAUGCUAGGUCAAGUAUAGGGAGUUGUAAGGCAUGCCCAAAAGCUAUUUCAAAGAACGCUGUUAAAAUCGGAUUUACUCCUGAUUUCGAUCAUUGUGGAACGAUCUGGUUUCAUUUUAGUUGCUUCUUCAAGAAAUGUUUUUUUCGUAAACAAUUAAAAGGUGACACUGAAACAGAGUCAGUCUUUGUUGGCUUCAAUGAUUUGAAAGAAACCGACCAAGAAAGAAUAAGAAAAGCACGCGAAAAGCUCGUGUUGUCAUUGACAACGAGAAAGCCAGAAACAAAGAAAGGAAAACGAAUUGCAGACGAUGAUGAAUCAGAAUGGAAGCCACCCACGAAAAAGCAGAAAAUAUCAACACAACCAGAAAAAGAAUUAACAGUUGGAAAACACACUUAUCAAAUACAGGAUCUUUUACACAUUAAUAUAAGUAGAUGGAAAGACAUUAUCCUUGUUGGUAUAAGAGAAUACUACAGACCCACAACAGGUGGACAACUAAGGCCCGGUAAGAAGGGAAUAUCACUCACGGUCGAUCAAUACCGUACACUAAUCGAUCAGAAACUUUCUAUUUCCAAAGCAAUCCAACACAUCAAAGAAGAUUUAGAAAGAAAAGAAGCAAUCAAAAAGAAGACAAAGAAACAGACAAAAAAAGGCAAACAUAUUAAGUUAUUUUUAGAUAUGACUUUAAAAGGACAUUUUUAAUAUAUGGUCUAGUUAACCAUUGUAGGCAUCAU